GCAUCUUUGGCGAUUGUCUCUCUUCGACUGUCUGUCCAUGAGUGCUUCUACCAAGAAGGAAGCGGCGCACUACGUGGUGACCGCACAUCCGCCGGGAGGGGUUUUGUUGACGGCGAAAUGCAACUUUACGUCACCCUUUUCGCUAGACGUAUUGGUCGCCAAAUCGCGCCGUCUCGAAGUCCGUCAGCUGCGCACGACGACGGAAGGGCUUUCACCCUUUCCUAUCCUCGCCAGUGUCCCCAUUAACGGUCGCAUUGUGGGUCUCGUCCCCUUCAAGGUUCACGGUAGUGACACAUCCUACGUAUUCGUGCUGACGGCGCGGCAGCAAUACGCGGUCCUCGCCUACGAUCGAACGAACAGCGGGUCUGCGGCCUAUCCCCUCGUGACCCUGGCUUCGGGAACCUUGCAGAGUCAGGAACACGCAGUUUUGGGACAAGAAGCGGAAUCGGGACCAAUCGUAGCGAUUGAUCAUUUUCACCGUUGUAUUGCGCUACACGUCUAUGAUGGUCUCCUCACGAUCAUUCCCAGUACCCGUACACUCGCGUCGCAACAGCUUUUGGGGACGCCAUUUCAUUGCCGUAUCGAAGAACGUACCAUUCUGCACCUGGCCUUUUUGCAAAUACCCUUCGAAGCCUUGCCCCAACUAGCAGUCUUGCACCAGGAUGCUCGCGGGGCACAGCACAUCACGUCGCACGUCAUCAAUUGGAAACGCAAAAAUAUAUUUCUGUACGGAUCCUCCUCGGCACCGGCUGCUACCGAAUGGUUACAAAAAUCCAACGUCGAUGGCGGAUCGUCGUUGAUUAUCCCCGUCCCCGCGGAAGCCCCACCGGAUUUCGCUCCCGCCAAACAUCGUUCUGGCGGAGUGCUGGUGGUAGGUCAACGCCAACUUACCUUUAUCAAUAACAAUGUAACCAAGGUCGUGCCUAUUCCACAGGCACUCCAUCUGUGUGUGGAAGAAUUGCCCGCCGAUCCCAACGGUGGCUUGCCCCGAUACUUACUGGCCGAUGAGUUUGGCAAUCUGCACAUGGUCACCAUUGUGCUCGUGGUCGAUAAGGUCGUGGCACUCCAAAUAGACACGUUGGGUUCCUGUACAUUGGCAACGUCUAUCGCCUAUUUACGGGAAGGUCUCGUCUUUGUUGGGUCCACCUUGGGCGAUCCGCAGCUUAUUCAAAUACACGACGAGCCCAUUGUCGACGUCGAAGACGAAGAAGACAUGGUUGGAGCCGAAUCAUCCUACCUCAGUGUAGUGGAAGAGUAUACGCAUCUCGGACCCAUUUUAGAUUUUGAUCUCGUUCCGACUGCUCCGGGCGGUGGUGGGCUUGGCCAGACUGAGGGAAUUCACGGUCCGUCUCAAUCCCAAGUCGUGACAGCGUCGGGUUCAUCCAAAUCGGGUUCACUCCGUUUAAUUCGUAACGGAAUUGGCAUGAAUGAAUCAGCGGCGGUCGAAAUUCCCGGCAUACAAAACGUAUGGAGCUUGCGACGAUCGUUUGCCGAUGUUGACGAUACGUAUCUGGUACAAUCGUUCGUGCACGAAACACGCGUACUAGGAGUGACGACAAUGGAUGACAUGUCUCAAGACGAGAAAGAAGGCGAUGUUGCUCCGGGAGGCACUCUGGAAGAAGUUUUUCUUAUCGGCCUGAAGUCAUCCUGUGCAACGCUAUACGUCGGUAACGUCCAAGCGCACCAGAAUGGUCUGCUUCAAAUCACAGAAGGGGAAGUGCGAUUCGCCACAAUGGAGGCCGUGUUGGACACGUGGCUCGUCCCAUCCGGGGCGGCCAUUACUGUGGGCACAGCCAACGAAGCUGGACAAAUAGCAGUUGCCCUCAAUGGCGGAAAGGUGCUUUAUUUGAAGAUAGAAGAAGGGAAGAUCCGGGAAUGUUCGGGGCAGCAAAUGGAACGCGAAGUCAGUUGUUUGAACUUGAAUCCCUUUGCUGCCACAUCACACACGAGCAGUUUUCUAGCCGUCGGCUUGUGGGACGAUUUCACGGUCCGUCUCUUCCUCUGUUUGAUAACGUUGGACUUUUCCAGCGGCACAUCCGGCAAUACCACAUCAACAUCAACUUCACUUUCGUCCACUGGUUCUGGUGUGAAUAUGUUGUUUGUUGGUCUCGGAGACGGUACACUGAUUUCGUUUGCGGUUGUCGAACGGGGUGCAUCAAUUUUCGUGCAGUCAAAGAAAGAAGUCUGUUUAGGAACGCAGCGAAUCGAUCUCGUUCCAUUAUGUACUGAGCAGGGCGGAACGUGCGUCCUAGCGACUGGAGAUCGUCCUACAGUUAUCUACUUGGCAGGUGUCGGUGGAAUUUCUGCAAACCAGUUCAAUCCAAAGCUAUGCUAUUCCAACGUCAACCUCUCAGCCGGUGACGACGAGGAGGAAGACGAUGUCAGCCGACCUCCUUCGCAGCAAAGUAUUGUGGUCAAUGUUGCGACACCAUUCUCGUCAUCACUAUUGUUCGAUUCGGCAACUGGCGGAAGUCAACGCUAUUCGUUGUGCGUGGCGGACGAUUCGUUUCUGCGUAUGGGGAUCAUUGACGACAUUCAAAAGCUUCACGUCACAACUUGUCGACUAGGAAUGGCUCCCUGUCGAAUCGUUCAUUGUGCCGACGGUCGAUUGUUCGCCGUAGGCUGUAUCGAAAGCGGUAUCAAGCAAUUCAGUUUGGGUGGGGACGAGGCGAACAUGGGCAACUGCAUUCGUUUUAUGGAUGACGCCAAUUUCGAUGAUAUCCAUCGAGUGGAUCUCGAACCAUUUGAAAUGAUAUUGUCAAUGGUGUACGCCACGCUACGGAUUCCGUCUGACGGAGAUCAAUCGGACCAACCCGUACAUAGGCCGUUUUUGCUGGUUGGUACCGCAUACGCAAUGCCAGACGAAGAUGAGCCAAGUCGUGGUCGCAUUCUUGUCUAUUCUUGCCAAGCGGACGAGGCUUCCGGGACGCCAACCAGCACACGUGCAGUGCGACAGAUUACGGAAAUGUCGACGCAAGGCGGUGUCUACAGUAUUUGCCAGUUCUACGACGGCAAUUUUUUGUGUACUGUCAAUUCCAAAACACAUGUUGUGCAGAUUGUUGCGGAUUGUGGUGUCUUGCGGCUAGAGUACGUGGGAAUCGGGCACCAUGGACACAUAGUGAGCUUGUUUGUGAAAAGCCGAGCGAAACCUCUGGCAAUUGUGGGAGACUUGAUGAGGUCAGUUAGCUUAAUGCAGUACUACCCUCAACAUGAAACUCUUGAGGAAGUUGCGCGAGACUUCAACCCAAACUGGACGACCGCGGUGGAAAUGCUUACGGACGACGUGUACAUUGGUGCCGAAAACUGGAACAAUCUUUUCUGCCUUCGACGCAACAAGGCUGCUACCAGUGAAGAGAUUCGCUGUCGAUUGGAUAACAUUGGAGAGUUUCACCUAGGAGAAAUGUGCAACAAAUUUAUGAGUGGCAGUCUUGUCAUGCCGGUCUCUUCCAACUCCACCACAUCAAGCCGGAGGGCCACUUUGUUCGGAACAGUAGAAGGCUCUCUAGGGGUUAUCCUGGGCUUGGACGGGAGAACUGCUGCUUUCUUUAUCACGCUGGAAAGAGCAAUUGCCAAAACGAUUCAGCCUGUGGGCGGUUUCUCUCAUCAGCUAUACAGAUCUUGCCAAGCUGAGCUCCGUGUUCAUCCCGCGCAUGGUUUUGUUGAUGGCGAUCUAGUUGAGACAUUUUUGGAUUUGGAUCGAAGGACGAUGGAGGCAGUUGUGGCUGAAAUGAAUCGGGACGGCGGGUGGGAAGUGGAUGAUUUCGCGAACUCAAGGUCUGACGAGAACAAUGAUAGUUCCAAGGACACCGACAGGAUCAACCUCGAAGAGCGAUCCGAGCUGUCUAUUGACGACGUUUUAGCGAUGGUAGAGGAGAUGACAAUGCUUCAUUGAGUACUACAACAAGUUAUGCGAUCUAUACCUACCUAUACAUUAUAGCGUGUUGUGCGGCCCUUGAGAUGCAAAAGAAGGGUC